AUGGAGAAGAAUCCUUUGACUUUGAGCAGUGGCCAAGUCAAAGCCACGAGGGAGUGUAACAGGUUGAUCAGCUCAGAAUAUGGUGCUUCACGGCCUCCAAAAUCCUAUCCAUGUAGCUUCUGCAGGAGAGAAUUCAGUUCCGCUCAAGCUCUUGGGGGUCAUAUGAAUGUUCACAGAAGAGAUAGAGCCUGGUUGAGACACUCACUCCCUUGGGCUUCUCAGUAUAAUAACCCUAACCCUAGUUUCUCAUCACCACAUUCAGCUAAAUUCCUGCAGUUCAAUCUCGCUGUUCCCUCACUUCCUCCAUCUUUCUCUGCUUUCUCUUCAUCACCAUCCUCAGCCUCUACUGAUGAAGAGAAUUAUGGAGAUACCAAGGAGGAGGAGAAGAAGAGCAGCAAAAGAGCUUUUGUUGGGCUUGGAAAAGUAGAGAGUUUCAUGCAAGAAGAUGAGGUUAAAAUUUUGAAAAGGGAGAAGGGUAUUAGGUCAGAUCCAAAGGAGAAUUUGGACUUGGAGCUCCGACUUGGGUACUCCAAUAAUAAUUAG